AGGCGCCGUGCUGCGCGAAGCUGUACGCGUGCCGGCUGUGCCACGACGGCGGCGAGGACCACCAGAUGGACCGCUUCCAAGUGAAGGAGGUGCAAUGCAGCUGGUGCCAGAAGAUCCAGCAGAAAUGCCUCCAGGCCUUUAUAGCAAUUCUGCUUGGAGUGCCUUAAAUGAUAGCAACCUGGACACUUGCAGCAUUUGAAGUGGACGUUAUAAAGGAAUGGUGUAUAAGAAUUCAACAUGCUAGCAGGCAGCUGAUUGGGCCAAAAGAAGACUUUUUCCAUUGUUCAAAAUGUAAUUUAUGUCUAGCCUUGAAUCUCCAAGGAAAUCAUAAGUGCAUUGAAAAUGUCUCCAGGCAGGACUGUCCAAUAUGUUUGGAGGACAUUCACACAUCACGUGUUGGAGCCCAUGUUCUGCCAUGUGGACAUCUCCUCCAUCGAACUUGUUAUGAAGACAUGCUAAAGGAAGGUUACAGAUGUCCUUUGUGCAUGCACUCUGCCUUGGAUAUGACUAGGUAUUGGCGACAGUUGGAUGAUGAGGUAGCACAGACUCCUAUGCCUACAGAAUAUCAGAACAUGAUGGUGGAGAUCCUUUGCAAUGACUGCAGUGCCCGAUCCAUGGUCCAGUUCCAUAUUUUAGGCAUGAAGUGUACAAGCUGUGAAUCGUACAAUACUGCUCAAGAUGGAGGUUGCAGGAUGGCUUUGGAGCAGCAGUGACUAAAGGAGGCUUCACGUACUUCUAGACAAGGAAAGAUCAACUCUGUGUGAUGCUGGUUAGAAAGGACACUCCCCUUGGAAAAAGGUGUACCACAAACUUCUCAAUUAAUCAGGAAAUUUCUUAGUGUCAUGUCACAAAAUCCUAAUUCCUGGCCCUGUAUUCUGAUUCCCUAGGAUAUCAUAACUCGUAGAGUGUUGUGUGAUUUCCCUGCCCCCCCACCGCUCUGCAGUGGCUGUUGAGGUGGAGAUUCACAGUGUUAGAAAGAGCAUGGUAUCUAAUCCAUCUGGCUGCUGUAGUGCUGCUCCCUGGAGAAUGUUUUGGCUCGUGGAAUUUCCCAUUGUGGUGCUGUGAAUUUCAUGGUGUUCAGUCUACCAGAAAGUCAGUCUUUUAAAGGACAGCAGAGCUAUCUUUUUUUUAUCAUGCUGUGAAGAAGACGCAUGUUUUUAAUAAGAUAAAAAUGACAACUGUGGGAGUGAGUGAAUUCCAGGGCUGCCGAAGAGCUGAUUCAUGGAGGCAGUGGCACCCAGGAAACAAGAGCAGCAAGAAUGAGCAUUUCAUUCUAAAUGAAAAUGGGUUGGGAAAUUUGGUAGCUUUGAGAGCUGUGUUUUACAAGUGAAGCUUUAGGUCUUUAAGGGUUUCGGUAAGUAGGUUGUUUGUUUUGUUUUUGUUUGUUUUUUUUUAAAUAUGCCUGUUUGUUGGCAGUUGGAGUCCAGAGCUUCAAGUGAAGAUGGACAGAAGAAGUGUGUGGGUAGAAUUGUUUUUCUUCCUCUACAACUCCCAGAUACAGUCUGUGUAUACAAGGUGCAUCUAAAACAAAGCUACUGUAGAUCUUAAUAAGUAUGUGUAAGAAGGACUUAGAGCUGCCACUUGUCCCCACUGAUUUCCAGGGUGAGCUGUUUUCUCCACAUCUGCUUCUGUUUGCCUGCUGUAAUUACACUAUCCAUUGGUUGCUUUGCCCACCCAAUAUGUUUUAAUUUACAGAGCUUCUGAUGCUCUACAGGCUCAUGUACAUGCAUAACUUUAACAUAUCGGUGAGAUUGUUAACUGGAAAGGACCAAUACACAAUAUUUGCAUAUAUUUGUCUUUGCAGAAUUAAGAUCAAACUGCUAACUCUGCUUAGUCUGAGAUUUUUGCCAAAAUUGCUGCCGUUAAUAAAGGGACAUUCUCAGGUAGUUUAGGCCCAGUGUUUGCUUUGUUUUACAAUAUCUGGUUUCUUGUAGCUUUUUUUUUUUUUU